AACCAAGCAGCAGAACCGUGUCUCUUGUCUCCAGAAGCUGCCAGUUCUGCCGGUUCUGGACGGUCGGUGGACGACUCGGACCAGCUGACGUUCAGGAAACACUCGGCAGUGACUCGGAGAAGAAGGAACAUCCUGUUCCCCAGCGGAGUGACGCUCUGCAACCAGGAGACCUUCGAUCAGGCUGCUGCCAACCACCUCAGCUACUUCCACCUCAGAUUGUGUCAGGAGACGGUGUGGGAGGCCUUUAAGAUCUUCUGGGAUCGUCUACCAGAGCGUGAUGAGUACCAGCGGUGGGUCGGACGCUGCAUCGACGGCUCCGUCAGCGUCCACGACAUCGGCAGCUUCUUCAGCCAAUCAGAGGAGCACGUCAACCUCAUCAGGAGCAGGGUUGCCAUGGCAGCAGCGAUGAACAGUGUGACCCAAUCCUCAGGCCCUCCGCCCUGCAGCUCUGACACAUCCAGCAUCCAAUCAGAAGCCUCACUGAGCAGCUCUCCGACAGAUGAAGACAUCUUCAGCCCGGAGACCAUCACCACCGACCAUGAAGACCUUCUUCCAGGCUUCGAGGUCACUGCUCGGUUCCUGGACUCAUCCUUCACUGAGGUUCCUGAGGAUUUAACCUCUGAUGCUGGUGGAGAAGCUGAAGAUGUCCAGGAGGCUUCACGAAGCCCAGCUGGGGUCGCUGAGGUUCUAAAUGUUGCUGAGGAUGAUGGAACUUCUGACCGGACGGAUCAGGAGAACAGACCUGUUCAAGAUAUGACAGAAGACAGUGAGAUCUUUGAGGGUUCUCCUGGUGUUUUUUCUGAUCCUGAGCUUAUUCGGGAAGUCAGCCCCAGAGGUGAGGAGCCUCCGUCAGAGGUUGUAGCUCAGGAGUUCACCACAGUAAGUUCUGUUGUGGUUCUUCCAAAGCCAACCACAGCAGCUGAAACAGAAGCCACCACAUUGGAGGAAACAGGGCAGGAAGAACCUCCAAAAAAGACUGCUGAGGUUCCUCCAGAAGUCCUGAUAGAACCGAUCCCUGACACAUCGGUCACAGCCGAGGUGAUGCCAGAAGAAUCUCCAACCUUCACUGAGAACGUUGAAGAAGAACCCACUGAGGAUUCACCAGAACCAGUGGAUGAAACACCACCUCCAGAACCUGAACCCACUGGGGCAGGAACUCUUGACCAACCUGAAGGAAACAUACAAACGGAACCAGUGGAACAUCUGUCAGAAGCUGCUGUGGAAAACAAAGAUGAAUCUGAAGUCAGGACGGAAGCAGUUCCUACCGUGUUCCUCAUGAAAUAUCCAGAAGAAGAAGCUGACGUUCUCGUAAAUGUGACUCCAGAACAAGAAUCCGUCGUAGAACCAGAAGUUCCUUCCAGAGCUUCCAUUCUGACGACGACCAUGAAGACAGAAGGUCGAGAAGACAGUGGAGAGGAGGAGGUUCCUUCAAAGCCUGCUGAGAUCUUAGAUGUUGUCGAUGUCCCUGAGGAUGUUCCCCAAGUAGAGGAACCACAACCUAAGGAAGAAGUAGAGUCCACAGGAAGUACAGAAGAGGAGCUGAACGUAGAAGUCCAACAUGAAGACCAGACCACUGAGGUGGACGUAAAAGAACCAACUAAGACUGCUGCUGAAGAAGAACCUGUUCAAACAGAAGAACCACCAGAGGAACCAGUAACAGUGGAGAACACAGGAGAGACCACAACAGAACUAGCAGAGGCUGCAGGAGAAACACUGAUCCUUGAAGAAGAACCUGUAGAGAACACAAAAGAAACAGAGGAGGAACCAUUGGAAGCUACAAGAGUACCUGCUGAGGAUGAAGAUACUGUUACGGUACCAACAGAACCUGUAGAGGAGGAAGGAGGAGAACCAGAACCUGCAAAAGAAAACAUAGAACCUACAGGAAUGGCUGUAAACGAAGCCGGACCUGCAGAUGGACCUGCAAAGGAGACAGAACCCACAAUAGAACCAGAACCCACAAUAGAACCAGAACCUAAAAUAGAAUCAGAACCUACAGUAGAACCAGUACGGGAACUUGUAGAAGUCACCAAAACCACAGCAGAACCGGCUCAAGAACUGGAAACUGUAGAAGAAUCUGCAGAAAAAUCAGAUCCUGUGGGAGAACCAGUGACAGAGGCAAAACCCGUAGAAGAACCUGCAGAGGAGUCGACAGAACCCAGAAGAGAACCAGUACAAGAAGCAGAACUCAAAAGAGAACCAGUACAAGAACCAGACUUAUCCAGAGAACCAGUCCAGGAAGUAGAACCCCCUAAAGAACCAAUUCAAGAACUGGAACACACCAGGGAACCAGUACAGGCAGUAGAACCCCCUAAAGAACCAGCACAAGAAGCAGAACCCCCUAAAGAACCAAUUCAAGAACUGGAACCCACCAGGGAACCAGUACAGGAAGUAGAACCCUCUGAAGAACCAGUACAAGAAGCAGAACCCCCUAAAGAACCAAUUCAAGAACUGGAACUCAUCAGGGAACCAGUACAGGAAGUAGAACCCCCUAAAGAACCAGUACAAGAAGCAGAACCCCCUAAAGAACCAAUUCAAGAACUGGAACUCACCAGGGAACCAGUACAGGAAGUAGAACCCCCUAAAGAACCAGCACAAGAAGUGGAACCCUCUGAAGAACCAGUACAAGAAGCAGAAUCCCCUAAAGAACCAAUUCAAGAACUGGAACCCACCAGGGAACCAGUACAGGAAGUAGAACCCUCUGAAGAACCAGUACAAGAAGCAGAACCCCCUAAAGAACCAAUUCAAGAACUGGAACUCACCAGGGAACCAGUACAGGAAGUACAACCCCCUAAAGAACCAGCACAAGAAGUAGAACCCUCUGAAGAACCAGUACAGGAAGCAGAACCUCCUAAAGAACCAAUUCAAGAACCGGAACUCACCAGGGAACCAGUACAGGAAGUAGAACCCUCUGAAGAACCAGUACAAGAAGCAGAACCCCCUAAAGAACCAAUUCAAGAACUGGAACUCACCAGGGAACCAGUACAGGAAGUAGAACCCCCUAAAGAACCAGCACAAGAAGUAGAACCCUCUGAAGAACCAGUACAGGAAGAAGAAGCCCCUAAAGAACCAACACAAGAAGCAGAACCCUCUGAAGAACCAGUUCAAGAAGCAGAACCCCCUAAAGAACCAACAGAAGAAGCAGAACCCCCUAAAAAACCAACACAAGAAGCAGAACCUCCUAAAGAACCAGCACAAGAACCAGAACCCCCUAAAGAACCAACACAAGAAGCAGAACCCCUUAAAGAACCAACAGAAGAAGUGGAACCCCGUACAGAACCAACACAAGAAGCAGAACCCCAUACAGAACCAGCACAAGAAGCAGAACUAGUAGAAGAAUCCACAAAAGGAACAAAACUUAUAGAAGUUAUGGCAGAAAAAAUAGAACCCACAAGACAACCAGCACAUGAAACUGAUUCUGUGGAAGAACCCAAAGAAAAGACGGAACCUGCAGGAGGAUCUGAACCAGAAGCAGAACACAAAGUAGAACCUGAAGAAGAUCAAACCCAUCUGGUCAGAACAUCUGAAGACAGAACACAAGAAUCAACUGGAAAGGAAACGUUUGAGGAGAAAGAAGACGGACCUCCUGAGGGUCUAGACGAGAGAACAGAGGAGGAAGUUGGUUUUGGAGAACCAGACGCAGACGGAACCAUGGCAGAAGCCGAAGAAGACGUUCUACAAGAGAUCACUCCGGUUGUUGUUGUGGUUCCAGAAGACACUGAGGGAUUAAUGCCGGGGAUUGAGGAGGAGGUGGAAGUUCUACCAGAAAGUCCAGACCAGACCCAGGAACCCAAACCUACAGAACCCAGACAUGUUCCUGAGGAAGGAACCGUCCCAGAGGCUCCUACAGGAAAUGACCUCCAUCCAGGGACGGUUCCAAGUGUAGAACCCACCAAGGAGGAGGAUGGAGGUCCAGAUGAGGACCAGGAAGCUCCUCCAUUGGUUGAAGGAACCAUGACGAAGCCUCCAGCAGAAGAACCUCCAGAACACGCGGUGGAGGAGGUCACGGCCGGUUCCUCUCUGGAGGUCACCACCAAGUACGUGGUGGAGUACAACAACGGGAACUUCCCCGACCUCCAGGGAUCCGACAACUUCCUGGGGAACAACGGUUUCGACUGGGAGGACUCGAUCGGGAACGAGAUAGACGACACCCUGCCGUGGCCCCCGAGGCCCCUGAAGGACCAGCUGGUGGAGCUGAGCAUCCGGCUGAGAGGAGAAACCUACAACGAUGCUCUGAGAGACCCGAGCAGCUCCGAGUACCAGAAGUUAGCCCGACACUUCAGUAGAAGGAUUGAAGACGCCUUCGAACGUCUGCCGGGAUUCAAGAAGGUUCACAUCGUGGAGUUCAGACCUCAGAAGGACCUGGAACGGGGUCUGGUGGUCCUGGUCCACUACACCAUCACCCUGGAGGUGGACGGUGGCGGCAUCGCCAACGACACGCUAGACUUUAUCUCGCUGCAGAACAACCUGGUGGAGAAGAACUACCCAGGCGCCGCCGAGCAGCCUACCGUGGUCUACACCAUCACAGACUUCCGCAACUAUAUCACCGAGGCGCUGCACAAGGACAACUUCAUGACCAACAGCAGCCUGGAGGUGGCCGACCCCCUGCUGCUGGAGAAUGCGGAAAACUCACUGCCAGCAGAGAAACCCACGAGUAGACCAGCUGACACCUUCGACAACAUGGAUAAUGUCCUUGCUGCAGAGAAGCCUCCCGACGCUCCGAUCCACGAGGCGGAGAGCGGCGAUGUGUUCCUGAAGAAGGACGACUUCCUGUUCGACCUGUUUGACCAGUGGAAGGCCCCGCAGAGCGAGGCGGCCAGCGAGAAUGACGUCUUCAUGUUCGACGAGAGCGUCAACGAAUUCCCAGCAAAGACCUUCGACCCGGAGACUCUGGACAAGAAUAGUGGACAUAUUGAAGACGAGGGAUUCCUGCUCGGUAACUCUGCUGGUGGUGGAGAUGAUCCUCGUGGAGGAGACCAUGUGGUCGAUUCUGGAGGCUUAUCUCCUCCUCUGGAACCUCAAACCUCCUUGCUGGACGACAGUUCUGGCUCCGGGUUCUCUGGAGACGGUCAAUCUGACAUCUGGUCCUGGCAGACUUCACUGACGUCCGAUGGUGUCUUUUAUGAGGGGGACGGAGGCCUGGAGGUUCUACCACCCCCUGAUCUGGAGGAGGAUGAAGACGAGGUCGCUGCUGAGUCACCGACCACGGAGACAGAAGUUCUGAUUAGACUAGAACUCACUGAGACACCUGGCUUUAAAGAACCACUUCCAGACGGACACGAGGAACCUUUCCUGGAUCAAGUUCUGGUCACACCACACAUCAGCACAGAUCCACGGUUCUCAACCACAACGCAACCCCCCAUGUUCUCGCCCAGAGGAACCCUGGCUAUAGAACUCUCUGUGCAGACGGUGGAAGCUUCCGGGAUCUAUGACGACUGGACUGAACCAAACACCCUGGCGAUGCCAGUUGCUGAUUUUUCUGAACCUGAAGCUUGGACUCUGGGUGCCGCUGUUUUUGCGGAACCAACUGACUUAACUGUGAACCUUCCAGAAACCCUGGAGGAAUCAGAAGAACCUUCUGAAGCAGCAGUGCAGCUUCCAGCAUCUGAAACCCAUCAAGCCCCUGAUUCCAGUGCUCCCUCAACCAAAGAGUUGCCAGCCUUUGUGGAAGUCCAGGUGGCCACAGUUGGUGAGUCCAGUUUUGACGCAGUCACUGAUGAUCCGCCACAACUGGACGUACCAACGGAAAAACCAAAACUGCUGCUGCCAGAGACACAAGAUCACAAUGAGGUGGAGGUUUUAGAGGAGCAGCAAAUAGACGGAACUCAUACGAUGAUAGCGCCGGUGGUUGAGGCCAUAGACGAGGACCUGGUUGUGGAUGAAGUCAUGAUUGUCACCACGACGACCGCCGCCCCUCAUCCGGCUCCGUCUGUCAGCCCCGACCACGGCAACAGCGUCGCUCUGUCUCCAGAGAAGGACUCGCCGUUCACUCGAGUGUCGGAUUCAUUGCCAGAGGACGAGGAUCUGGUUCACCAUGAGCACCCAAACCAUGAGGACGCUACUGAAGGUCCAAUCAGCACUCCGUCCUCAGAUGUUCCUCAGUCAACACCAGAAUCUGAAGAGACUCCUUCAGAAGAGUCUCCUGGUUCUUCAGCACCAGACGGAGACUCAGGUGUGCCUUUGACAGAUCCAGACGUUGUUGAAUCGACAACUUCCUCGCUACAGAAAGUCAACAGCAGCGUUCCUGUGACUGACUUCCAGUCUAUUAACCACGGAUUCCCCGGUGUGCCGAGCAUCGACGUCAGCUUCGAUUUGUUCCCGUAUGGCGGCGUGGCGACUGAAGGCGACAGCAGCGGCUUCUCCAGCGGAGCUCAGGGGUCGGACCUGGACGCCAUGGCCUUACCAACCCGACCGGGCAGAGCUCUGACGGUGUUCUUCAGCCUGAGGGUCACCAACAUGGCCUUCUCCAUGGACCUCUUCAACAAGAGCUCCCCAGAGUACAAGGCUCUGGAGCAGCGGUUCCUGCAGCUGCUCGUCCCGUACCUCCAGUCCAACCUGAACAACUUCCAGAACCUGGAGAUCCUCAACUUCAGGAAUGGCAGCAUCGUGGUGAACAGCAGGAUGAGGUUCGGCAAACCGGUUCCCAGUGGGGUGACCAACGUCAUCUACCUGAUCCUGGAGGACUUCGCCAACACCGCCUACCAGACCAUGAACAUGGCCAUCGACAAGUACUCGCUGGACGUCGAGUCAGGCGACCAGGCCGACCCCUGUAAGUUCCAGGCCUGUAACGAGUUUUCCCGCUGCAUGGUGAACCGCUGGUCCGGAGAGGCCGAGUGCGUUUGCGACGCUGGCUACGUGAGUGUGGACGGGCUGCCAUGUCAGAGCGUCUGCGACGUCCAACACGACUUCUGCCUCAACGACGGAAAGUGUGACAUCAUCCCCGGCAAGGGUGCCAUCUGCAGGUGCCGGGUCGGGGAGAACUGGUGGUACCGUGGGGAGCACUGUGAGGAGUACGUGUCCGAGCCGCUGGUGGUCGGCAUCGCCAUUGCCUCGGUGGCCGGCUUCCUCAUGGUGGCGUCGGGCAUCAUCUUCUUUCUGGCAAGGACGCUGCGAGACCAGUAUGACGGGGAGGACACGGAGGACCCGCUGCGGCGGGGCGACAGUGUUCCGACACUCGAACGCGCCACGAAGUUCAACCCGAUGUUCGAGAGCGACCCAGUCACCACGCAGUACUACCGUCGAUAUGACGACGACGUGCCACCCUACAGCACCCCGGACGCCUCCAAAGACCCCAGCAGCACCGAGAUCCAGAGCAUGUACCACAACACCACGCUGACCAAAGAGGAGAUCCAGGAGCGUCUCAGGAUCAUCGAACUUUGCUCCAGAGAUCAGAACUUCGCUGAUUUUUUACGACAGACUCAAGUGUUCCUAGAGAGGAGAGGAAGUUCCACCACAUAGCCGACCGACCGACGCCACCUCCAGAUGCUGCCUUGGUCUCGGACUGGAGGAAGGAUGAGGACUCGGGUUGCUGCUUCCUGUCGACUCUGACGGAUGUAUGGAAUUAGUUGUUGCUCCGUUUCUUCUGGAACUGACCCAGCAGUGGGCUUGGCCUCUUUUCUGACUCAGACUUUUCCUAUAAAUGUUGUUUCUGUUUGUUUUGGACGAACCUUUCAUCUCCACUGCUGGAUACCUCUGUCUUACACUCUCUGAAGGACUUCCUGCUUUCAUCUUCAGCUUUAACUCAAGGGUUUCUGUUUGCGUCCCGACCUGCCCGUCACUGCCGUCCUCCAGGAACCACGUCUGAGAUGUUGGAGGGUUCCUGCUCUUCUCGGUGUGGUUCCUCUGGACAGCGGCGACCGGCAGCACUGCUCCCCUCAGUGCCUUCACCGCUCUGUCAGCUCUUCUGGGAAACGACAAGUUGAAUCUCAGAGCCCUUGAUCUAUAUCUGCUUCUUGUCAAUCUGGGAUCGGUCUACUUCCUGCUUCCUCUUCUGCUGAACCUUCACCUGUUCUUCAAUGUUUACAUUUCUGUUUGCCUGAAGGGUAGAACUUGUGUCUCAUCUUCAGAUCCUUUAAACGUCCAACGGGGUCCCACAGGUUCCUGAUUUUUAUUCUAUCAAACAACAGAUUGGUUCCGGUCUGUCCUGAGAUCUGCUGAUUCCUGAUGUCCAAUCAGAAUACGUCUAGAAAACGCUUUAGAACGUCCAAAGACCGAAGACUUCUUCUAAAUACUGACACCACCUUACUCUGUUUUUUUUAAAGAUAUUGUUUUUUGUUUUUAUGUUGAACAUGUUUUUACACGACUCUCUGAGAUGUUAACGUCCAGGAGAACCCAACAAAUCUCAACCUCGUCCUCCGGACAGCCUGCUAGAACCUCUUAACGUUCUGUCAUUCUCUUUCCUGGACGUCUCUUUGCUUGUCGUUGUUCGAUUUUCUUUUAUAUUUAAACUCAGACAGCUCAAGUGCAGGCAGUUCAUAUCUGCAGGUUUUUAAUAUGGCGCCAGUUCUUAUCCUGUUCCAACCAGUUAUUAUCUCGUUCCCACCAGUUAUCUCGUUAUGACCAGUUAUCUCAUUCCCACCAGUUAUUUCAUUCCAACCAGGUAUCAUCUCGUUCCAACCUGUUCUUUUGUAGCUCGGCUUGGUAAUGAGACAUUUCCAUGAGAUUUUAACUUGCAUGAACAACGCAAUGAAUUUUAGCUGCCAGGUUUUUCUGUUUUCUGAUUGCAGAGCUAAAAGAAGAUGAAUUUAAAAAAGAAUACAUAACUGGAGGUUAAUAAAACAACCCAACAGAUGUAAAACCUGCUUCUGUCUGACUUUAACUACUUGAACUUUGUGUGGAGUUGAUCUGGUAGAUGUUUGGUAACAGUCUGUGGUGUGUUCAGGUGUCUGUGGUGUGUUCAGGUGUUGUCGCUGUUUGCUAUUGUGUUCUCUUGGUUCUAGUGGAGGAGAGAACACUCUUUUCUAAAAUAAAAGAUAUUUUUUACAGAA